AUGCUUAAAUUUCUUGAGAAUAGAGAACCUUAACCUACUAGGAGAGGAAAGGACAUCAUGAGGUAUGAGAGUUAAAGUCAUCUUCCAAACAAUCGAUAAUUUAAUAGUCCCCUACACUAAGAUGCAUUAAUACAAAAUGAUAAACCAACUUAUUACAUAACUAAAAAAUUACCUCCUCUACAAAUCUAUAACCCUUUAAUAUAAACCAUUGAUUCAGUUGAAAGACCUGAAUAUAUUGUAAAAUAGAAGGACAUCUAUAUUCCAAGAUAUCUGAAUGAAUAUAAGACAAAAGGGUUUAAGAAGAAAUAAGGAAUAUUUGAGUCUUACUAACAUUUAUUGGCUCAGAACAAAUCAUUAAUCUAAGGCAUUCACGUGGAUAAAAAACCUCUAUCCUUACCAGCCAUCAAAGAACAUUAAAAAGAAUAAUCUAUUUUAAAUGUACCUGCCCAAUAUUCAACUCGCAGCCAUGAUGGCUAAAAAGCUGAUUUGAGUUGUUUCAAGAGUAACAUAUCCAAUGAUCAAAUUUAAAUUACAGGCAGGCAAAAUAAAAACAAAAAUAUCAGUUCACAAAAACAAAGAGUUUCACAUAAAUUAUUAACUGAAGACAAGGGUAUCUAAGUAAAUAUUGAAAAAGCCAAAAGCCAUAAAACAACAGAACUCUCCGGGGAUUAUAUAUAUAACUUCAAUUUUUAAUAUUAGUAAAAAAAAGAGGAUGAGGAGGAAAAGGAAAAAUAAAUGAGAUAAUUAAGUAUCUUUGAUAAAAAAAUCAAAGAGUUUAAAGAAUAAUAAAAACAGAAACUAUAAAAAAAAAAUGUUUCUUGA